CCCUACGUUUAAGAUUGAAUCACCUGGAAAUUACACCUUGUAUUGUAGGGCUGAGAAUAAGGUGUUCCCACAGAUUUAUGCCGAAAGUUCGAUGACUGUAAAAGCCUUAGAGCCGCCGUCUACAUCACCUCUACUGUACACGUCCAAACAUCCACCCAACUCUGGAAAGUUUAGUGUCCAGGUCAAUAUUGGCGACACACUGGACGUCACGUGUGUUGUUGAUGGGGGUCAGCCAGCCGUGACCAGUGUCACCAUGACCUGUUUCAGCAACACAACUACAGUGGCCGGUAACUCGCUGACCAUGAGGAUAGCCAUAGACGUCAUCACCAUUCAUUUCAGUUGCACGUGCCAGGCAGCUCACGUGACCAACUGCUACUACUUAAAAUCUCAAAUGUUUUUUACUGAAAACUUGGAGUCCUUAGAAAAUACAGAAACAGACGUUGGCUUGGCUGUUGGUUUGGGUGUCGGCGGUGUUGUUGUGGUCGUUGUUGCUGUGGUAGUUGUUGUUGUGGUGCUUCGAAAAAGGUCUAGCCCGGCCAAACGUCCGCCUACACCACCGUCUGUCCACUCUGACUCUGCCGGUAGUGAGACAAACGGUGGGUCUCACGGUUAUCUCACUUUCGACGACUAUUAUAAAGGAAGCAACUCGUCAGCUUAUGAUAUGCCAGCUGGGAGCAUCUGAGCUGACCCUUCUGACCAAAUUGAUCAUGUGCUUAGAACCUUCGUCACUUUUAACUCCUUACUAUCCUUACAUACAAGUCUACACAGUUAGAAGUGCUUUGACUUUACAAUACA